ACCCAGCCACAGCGGCGGACAGUAGUAGUUUCGCUGCGCUCACCGUGAUAUACGACGAGUGGAAUUAUCGUGCGUCGCAUAUAUAAAACCGAACGCGGACGAAAAAUCCCGUUUUUUUCAUCUCCAAUCGUCGUUGACGAAACAAACGUUUCUCCUUCUCGUCGCAGGAAAGAGAGGAGAGACCGGGUGACGGAUCCUCUCCGCCGGAUUUUGCGGAGAAACUCUCGCCGAGUAUCCUCGAAGCGGGCAUUCUCAACGAGAGGACGUGGGACUGUAGGUGGGCCGGGAAGAGGAAGAAGAGAUGAAGGGGAUGCUGGCGCUGGCCGCACUGCUCGGCGUCCUGUCACUCUGCCGGGUGCAGGCGGUGUCAGAGAGGCUCGAAUUGGCACCAGCUGGCGGAAGAUCAGAGCCGCAGGUCGCUACCUUGUGCGAACCUGGCGAGGUGUAUCUUGCUCAGCAUAUGGGAGAGCAGGGUCGAUGGGUCUCCUCGACCGACAAGAAGAGCUGCAUGACGGAUAAGCUCGAGAUCCUGGAGUAUUGUAAGAAGGCUUACCCGAAGAGAGACAUCACCAACAUCGUCGAAUCGGCGCAUUACGUCAGGGUCGGCGGAUGGUGCAAGCCCGGAAGGAACAAGUGCAAGCUCUCGCGAUGGGUCAAACCUUACAGAUGUCUGGAGGGACCCUUCCAGAGCGACGCACUUCUCGUGCCGGAGGGCUGUCUCUUUGAUCAUCUUCAUAAUCAAACAAAAUGCUGGGAUUCUCACAGCUGGAACACCACGGCGGCGGAGACCUGUCGGGAGCGAAACAUGAACCUGCGUAGCUUCGCGAUGCUGCUGCCUUGCGGUAUCUCUCUGUUUUCCGGUGUCGAGUUUGUAUGCUGCCCGAAACACCUGAAAGAGAACGUGAAAGUGAAGAAGCCGAUCGAUUUACCUAUCCCAAAGAGUAUGGACGACGAUCUCGACGAGGACGAGGACGAUCUCGACGACGAGGAUGACCUGGACACCGAUGCUGAGGACGAGGACAACUCCGAUGGUGAUCUCGACGAUGUGCUUAGCGAUCAACCCGAUGAGGAUGAAAGUGAAGAGGAAUACGACGAUCUCGACGAUUAUGACACGACCACCAGUCGAUCAUCAACGACCGUUUCCACGACGGAGAAAGCCAAGCAGGAGGCAACUGCGAUGCCGCUGCCUGUCAGCACGAGUACGCAGCAGCCAUCCCAACCACAGGGCACGCCUGAUCCUUACCUGACGCACUUUGAUCCGCGAUCCGAGCAUCAGAGUUAUAAGCAAGCUCAGAGGCGACUCGAGGAGGUGCACAAGGAGAAAGUGACGAAAGUGAUGAAGGAUUGGAGUGACCUCGAGGAGAGAUAUCAGGACAUCAGGGCCCACGAUCCCGUCGCCGCGGAUGCUUUCAAGCGGUGGAUGACGGCGCGAUUCCAAGAGACGGUUGCCGCGCUCGAGGAAAGCGGCGCCGCGGAGAAGCAUCAAUUAAGCGCGAUGCAUCAACAAAGAGUGCAAGAGGCUGUUAAGCAGAGAAAUGAAGAAGCCAUGUCAUGUUAUACGGCGGCACUUAAUGAAACGCCGCCAAAUAUGCAUCGCAUUCAAAAAUGCCUGCAGAAGUUACUUAGAGCCCUUCAUAAAGACAGGCACCAUACGAUCGCUCAUUACAAGCAUCUCCUCGACAGCAGUUUGGAACAGGCGCAACGAGAGAAACCGGCCACUUUGGAGCACCUGGCGGAAAUCGAUAGGAUUACCAACCAGAGUCUCUUGAUGUUGGAACGAUAUCCAGACCUAAGCGCGAAGAUUGGCCGUCUCAUGGACGAUUACGUUUUGGCCCUCAGGAGUAAAGAUGAAACUCCGGGAUUGCUGCUGGCGAUGACGCGGGAAGCGGAGGCAGCCAUCCUAGACAAAUACCAGGCUGAUGUUGCCAGCAAACAGCAAGAGAAGGAACAUCAGAAGCAGCUCGAGCGGGCGCGCAAAGAGCAACGUAAGGCUGAACGCGGUGAGCUGCGCACGGAGCAGGAACAACACGAGGAGAACGACUCGGCAAUCGAUACCAAGGACAUUCCUCAGCAAUCGGAGCAAACCGUCGCGGUCGCUGCCAUGCAUAACGAGGGAGUAGUCAGAGUAGCUCACAGCAUGACUCACGAUGUUUCUCAUCCCGAGCCAGGUUACUCUGUAAGACGAGAGGUGUAUCACAGAGAAAGUCGAUCCGUCUACUUCACACUUGCAUUCGCUGGCAUAGCACUUAUGGCAGCUGCAGUUGUGGGUGUCGCAGUAUUCAAGAGACGUAGUGCGAGAAGUCCUCACAGCCAAGGUUUCAUCGAGGUCGAUCAAGCAGCCACGCCGGAGGAACGGCACGUCGCGAAUAUGCAGAUCAACGGUUACGAGAAUCCUACAUACAAAUAUUUCGAGGUGAAGGAAUAAUUUGGCCAUCGCCUCGCGCAGUUUUCAUUUCUGAAGCUGGUCGCAAUCGCGUAUUCGUUCUCGCGUAUUUUCUUCAAGAAUCUCAUAGUAUUUUGUUAGAAUAAGAUAUAUAUAAAUAAUAUGUAUAUCUCUAACCCCCGUUCCGCGAGAUUCUUCCGAAGAUUCGGAACAUGUACAUUUCCCGGAGAGAUGCGCUAAUUCAGAAAGCACGGUUUUUUUUUUUUAAUCGGCAGAUUUCGCGCUUGCGACGAGAGACAUCGCGAUUUUCGCAAAGAAUUGACAAUAUAUGUGUAAAAUAAAGUAAAGUUUGUAGCACAGCAGGGAUACACGCUGGAUGGGAACGAAACGGAUUCUACGGGAGAUAAAUUUACGUAGAAUUUACACACUUAUAUGUGCCAUACGAACACGAGUGUUACACGCUAUCUUCGGAAGUAUCUCAUGCACACAUUGUUUUCACAUUACGUUGUCAUAUAAUAUAUAUAUAGUACAUGUCGGUAUAAAAAUACAGGAAGGAGCGCGCGUGUUGUGUAAAAGUAGAAAACGCCGUUUUUAGACUUACCUUGAUGUUCCUCCGCCUCUACACGUUGCGCAUUUCGAAUCGGAAUCUCCACGGAUCGACGUCGUUGAUCGUCAACCGAUCGAUCUCUCGCUCCCUGGGGAGAGCGAAUCUUCGAAUGACGAAUAGAACGGACGAUGUAAACGUCGCUCCCUGCUGUAUUUUUAGGUUCUGAUAUUUUCGGAGAUAAACAAUGGCAAUAAAACCUAACGCAGCUUAAGCAGCACUACACGAAGAAAAAAAAAAGCGAUAGCGUUUUGUAGUAGCUUGUCACUGGGAGCAGCAUUUAGACGUAAAAUAUUCCGAUUAAUCGCGUAAUCGUUAACGUUAUGCUAAAGUAACCGAGCGCGAGGUACUCUUAAAAUAUCAGAACACACGCCCCAUGUUA